UCAUGCUGCUGCCAGGUCCAGAGUGUCUCAUGGGUCCCUGUACGGCCUCCCAUUGCUGCUGUCUCCAUCGCCACACUCUGCGAUGUGCCACUUUCAGGUCUCCUCACACUGCUGGUGUGUUCCAUUUUUUGUCAUAGGGUGCUGGCAGAUUACGGGCCUCCCAUUGCUGCUGCCAGGCCCCUAAUCUGCCAUGGGCCCCUGUACCGCCUCCUCAUGCUGCUGCCAGGUCCACAGUGUCUCAUGGGUCCCUGUACGGCCUCCCAUUGCUGCUGUCUCCAUCGCCACACUCUGCCAUGUGCCACUUUCAGGUCUCCUCACACUGCUGGUGUGUUCCAUUUUUUG